AUGAGUGGGAUUGGAGUCCGGAAUUGGCGUGGUGAAAUUAUCGAGCCGAACGUCGCUGUGUCGGAGGAUGCAGUGGAUUGCUGUUUGAAUACAAUGACAAUUGACUCUGAGUCUGCUAUUAGUACUGCAUUGAAGACAUCAUCACGUGGUAUGGAAAAUGAAGAGAAAAGUGUUGUGGAGUUGAUGGAAGAACGACGUUCAGUGGAGAAGAAGGUGUUUCAAAAGGACGAAUUCGGUCGAGACGUUGAAGUGAAGCGACACAAGAGAUUGAAACGUGAAAAAGGCCAAGACAAGAAGAAGGAACGGAAACAUAAACAUACACACAAGAAACAUAAGCAUCAACGGGACAAAAGCAGCAGCAGAGUGAGGACCUUAAGUCCUCAAGGCCGCCUCGUUGGCACUCCACCGCCGCCAGACCCAUUUCGUCCACAACUGGACGAAGGACGGACCAAUCGCCCAAAGCGGCAACAUGACAGGAAUCGAAGUCGAAGCAGAAGUCGAAGCAGAAGUCGAAGCAAAAGCUAUUCGUACCGUCAUAAGGAACAUCGAAGCCGUGAAAAAGCAAAUCCUCGCCGUGGUAGUCGCGAUUCCUCCUGGCAUCGUAGCAGAAGUCGAGGCAGAAAGCGAAGUCGAAGUCCACCAUCUUCGAGAUCACACCGUCGACGCUCAUCGGCCUCAGUGGAGCGAAAGUGGACUCAUAGUGCUUUUAACGACCGUAGUCGUAGUCCACCGCGAGAGCCUGAUCCGUUGUAUCGACCCGAGCCGGAGGCUUGGGUAUCGCGAGCGGGAGGUGUCUACUUGCCGCGCAAGAACUAA